UUCUUAUUUCAUCAUUGCCACAUCUGAAUUUUUUUUUAACUUACUUUUCUUGUUUCGGUUGUCCGUCCUACUUUCGAAUUGGAUCGCGGCAGUUUUUGCAAGAGAAGCGUAGAGGAUGUGUUGCUGCCAGAUCCCCUCUCCAAAUACUAAGAAGCCAUCUGCGUUGGUCUGGCUGGGACAAUAACAUCUUCGCUGUAAAUGACUCCUUCGAAUAUUCUGCAGGAAUUUCAGAACUCAAAUAGGACUCAUAGGAGGCACCUAAUGAACAACCAGAAGGUGCUUCCCCAGCCAACCAAUAAACAGAGCCCGUGCAGAACAACCACGCACCCACUGAACCACCGGAAGAUGCUCCCCCAACCGACCAACAAACAGAACCUGAGCAGAGCAGUCAGGUGGAACAAAUCCUAGGACCUUCCUAGCUAUACAGGUUGUGCUGUUAUAAUCAUUCCCUUUAGAUAUCAACUCUGGAUAUUUUCUGAUUUUCCAUUUCCCAAUGAAGGAAGGAACAAUUUCGGUCGCAGUUAAUGAAUGUUUGGAUAGAUGAUGUGCCGAGAAAUGCAAUCUUACACCCACAUUAAUGAUUACGUUCAUCAUUCAACCGAAAAGAAAAUGAUUACGUUCAUCAUAGUUCAAUAUUUUAAGCUUUCAGAAAAGGAAAGAACACUAGAAUUACUAUACCCCGAAACUUGUCGUGAAAAAUAAAAAUUCGAGAAGAUUUAAAAAGCCGAAUUUUAACAUAGAUGACCUUCUAGUUUCGAACUGAGAUUGCUUCUCCAUCUUUUCACUGAUGACCUUCUACUGUGGUUGAGGAUUAGUGCAGAGGAAGAGGACUGGAAGGAUGACACUAAGGGACCUUGCGGCAUACUUUCACCUUCCCAUUGAAGCCGCUGCUUGGAAACUAAACUUGUGCCCGACUGUAGUUAAGAGGAUUUGCCAGCGGGGCGGACUCAAAAGGUGGCCCCAUAGAAAGAUCAAGAGCAUCGAAAGGCAGAUCUUGAAACUCCAGCAGAUUCAAAGAAUAGGGAGGAUAGGCUGUUUGCUCAGAAUGAAGUUGAGAGGCUGCAGCAUCAGAUUUCCAUAAUCCGAUAAAGGGUCUCAGAAGCUCCCUAGUCGAUCAAAACAAACGUUUCAGUAUUCUUAGGUGGAUUUCUAGCUGUAGGAGAGGAAAUUGUUUCAGGACCAAAAUGAAUAAACUGUCCGUAGAAGUCACAUCUGAACAAAGAUAGCUAUUAUCUUAACUUUCAUGCGGUUGAAGUAUAUUCUGUUUUCAAUGAGACUGAAGCUGUACCUACUUAAUUUUGAUCAGCCGGCUUAAUUGGCAUUACCUUAAUAAAAUACAACCUUAAACAGAGAAAUCUCGAACAAAUGUCUCAAAGAACCUUAACUAAGAAUUAACAACAGGACGUGAAGAUCCAAAGAGAAAAAUUGACCUUCCUUGUAUUCAACAAAAAUAGUUAUUCUUCGUGCAUCUCUAGGACUUUCCUAGAAUUCUGCUGUAUCGAAGUAUAAGCCCCAACAAAGUUGUAAAUUGGGGAUUCCACGGACAAAUACCCGUCUGUGUUUGGGGGAAAGGGACCGAGAUGGGUGGUGGGAAGAUGGUGCUGUGCGUGAAGCGGGUGAAGCAGGAGCUGCCUGAGGAAAGAGAUGACACCAUGCCCCUGCCUGGGGACAUCAUAGAGGGGCUUGCCUGUGAGGAGGAUGAUGAUUUGGCAGGAGAGUCUUUCAUUCCCGCGCAGGGCCGCUCUGAGUUCACCUCUCAGCUCGGCAAGAUUGCCAGUCAGUGGAAAUCGGAGGUGAUUUGGGUUAAGAUGAGGAGAGGGGAGAACGUGGUGAAGAUCAAAGCAAGGGUUGUGCCCGAGAAGGGCGGGAUGCUUCAACGGAAGUUCACGAUUCAGGCAGCAACUGAUGAUAGGCAUGUUGCUAUUUUGAGAGACUUGAACUUGAAGGAAUGCACUGAGCUGCAAGGCAAGAGCUUUCAAUCCACUCUCAAAGAUUUUACCAUAAGUGAGCAGGAAAGUGGUGAAUGUGGAUGGAGAGGAAUUCCACAGGAGAGGCAUGAAGUACAACUGGAAAAUGAAGUUGGGUACCUACUUGCCCGAUCCACGAUCUCCGAUCAUCAGCUCGAUCCUAUUAUAUUGUUAUACCUCAUAAUAAUAGAAAGCUAACAUCAUGUUCCACUACCAAAUUGCAUCAAAUCUCUUGAUUUUGCCGUUACUUUUGUUUUUCUUGUGAAGGAUAAAAAUAAUCCAAUAGCAAAGGAAAUAAGUUGGGGUAGACAACAAACCCACCCAACGAACUUCCACAUAGUGCAAGGAAUAAGGCUAUGGUUCUUGCCAGGGAUUGCAGAAGUCUCAAUAGACAUCGUGCCCGGGCCAGAAGAGACUCGUUUCAGGAUGGACAUCAAACGAACCGAAGAGGUUGGAGAGAAGGAAAAAUAUGGCCAAAAAAAUAUAAUAUUCUUUUCUGUUGGCGUGUGUUCAUCAAUCUAAACUUCUAGAUCAAUUUACUGCUUAAUUACAGGGAUUCAUAUGUAUCUACUCGGUGGCAUUGGGGUCUGCAGCAGAGCGUGCUGGGUUAGGCCAUCUACACGAAGAAGCGAAUGCCAAGGGGCACCUGCUGGUGAUCUCGAGGCUUGAGGGCAAGAACAUGAUGCUUUCGAGCAUGUGCUCCUCUGGGCUCAUUAACUGUUGUGAUCACAAUAACAUAAGAGAUGUCUUGACCCAGGCAAUCAAGAGAAUGGAAGGGAUCCGAAUCCACAUCAUGGCUUGGCCGAAUCAGGCCCGCUCGGCUAGUCCUCGAGGGAUGGUUUCCAUACUUCAGCCACCCAGUGGCUUUGCUCCUCCUCCUUCAUUGUGAAGAGAUUGUAAAUCUGAAAUUGGUUCACUAAAAGAACAUUUGCUUUUAAUCGAUAUCUUCUCAUUUGAUA